AUGGGCAGGCCAUCUGCCAGGUUUGGUGGGUUAAUUCCCUCAGAUAGCUUGACUGACUCAGUGAAACCGAAACCUCCUCAAGUACCAACACGAUACACGGCUGAGCGAAAGGAUCCUAAAGUUGUCCAUGACUUGAAUAACAGAUCUGGGGAAGCUUUUCUGAUGCCAGAAAUGUUAUCUCACAAUCCAAAAUCGCCUUCAUCUAUCACAUCAAAACGGAUUCUGAACAAUAACGACGGUGGUAUUACAGCACAGGUCCAGGCAGGCCGCGCUAAACGCCAAAGGAAUGGCAAUCGCCUUACCCACUCUGGUCCUACACUUCUCGAUAUUGACGAGGUACCAGAGGGUUACGAAUGUAAUAAUCAAGGGACGUUUCGCGUGCUUCAUGACUCCGGCAAGGAAACGCUCAAGACUUGUGCAGUUCUUGGCUUCAACGCCGAGGGAAUUGGAAUGUGUGUACGACGGGGCGGCUACAUAAUAGAAGGGUCUUUUGUGGAAUUUUUGGAAGAAUGCAAAACCGUUUAUUUUAGUCGUCAAGACAUGCAUUUGGGCGUUGUGCUCAAGCAUUCAAGAAUUUUUAAUGUAGGCAACAGUGACAAGGCCAGUAUUUUCCUGUGGACUGAGUCAAAGGAGAAUGGUACUACCCUUACGCACAUAAGAGAAAAGCUACAACACAGCCUCGUGAAUACUGUGAUAAUUGAUGAAAAUUGUGCAAAAGAUGAUUACAUAUUGCACGCCAUGAAUAGUGAGUUAAAAAAGCACAGAAUUAAAUUUAAGGAACCAACUGAGUUUAUAAAAGGUUCGUUUAAAAUGAACGAGGAAAAACCAAAUCAAAGGAGUGAACCGCGAUUUUUCCAAGAUAAAUUGUUCCAGUCACUAUCUAAGAAUUCGAAACCUCACGCAAGCGGUUCUGCGAUUACAAUAGACAUUCCGCGCGAGCCGAGUUCACCCCCGGGGCAAUCAAUUUCUACAGACCGAUUUUACACUCAACCCUCCCAAAAUUCAUUGAUAAAUCAUACGCUGUCAAGCGUACAACGUGUGACCAGAUCGAAUACUCUCAAAAAUUCGACCAAUUCUUCUUCUGACGAAAGCGACAUCAAAUAUGAAACACCUGCAACAUUUAAACCGUCUCUUUUCUAUAAGUUUGGCGAUAAAACAACCCUUUCCAUUACCAAUCAGGACUUUAAAUGUCUCUACAAUCAUGACUGGAUCAACGAUUCAAUUCUUGAUUUUUUCAUAAAGUACUGGAUCGAGUGCUCGGCAGCAAAGGACAUUAUAUCUUUUGAUCAAGUCCAUGUAAUGUCGUCAUUUUUUUACACAAAACUGGUCAGCAACGCAGAGAAUUAUUACACAAAUGUAAAGAAAUGGGUUAGAGACACGGAUUUAUUCAACAAAGACUACGUUGUGAUGCCAAUCAAUGAGAGCUUUCAUUGGUAUGGCUGUAUAAUAAGCAAUCUCCCGGCAUUGCUCGCAUUUCUUAUAAGAGAGCAUAAUUUCAGACUAAAACACCAAGGCGAUAUUGAGAACGGUGAGAAUGAAAAUUCGGAUGACAUAUCUGUAACAUCGCCAAUCGUUUCAAUUAUGGUGUAUGAUUCACUCCGUCAGACACACUCCCGCGAAGUUGAGCCAAUAAAAGAAUUUUUAAUCGCUUACGCCGCCGAUAAGUACAAUUUGGAAGUUUCAAGAAAUCAAAUGAAGAUGAAAACCUGCGUGGUUCCGCAGCAACCUAAUAUGAGUGAUUGUGGGGUACAUGUAAUACUUAACACUAGAACGUUUUUCGACAACCCGAAAAAAACAAUCGAUUUAUGGCGAGAGAGUAAGCUUAAGAACAAGUCAGACUCCAGAACUAUCAACGAGUACUUCGAUAGAAAGGGAAGGGUCAACGCGCGCUCCGAUCUUCGUAGCAUUUUGUGGGAUUUGCAAAGAAAUCAAAUUGAGUUUAACAGGUCCAAUGGCAUCACUGAGGACUCUGAUUCAGGCAUACCUAAAAGCGACGACGAGGGCCAUAGUGACAUUGAGAUUUUAGAGGAUUAUGCAGGACAGAAUCACUUAGAGGAAAAUGAUCAAAAAGAGAAUGAACUUGAAAAACCAGAUCUGGGGAAAAACUCGAUGCCGAUCGUUACUGGCGAGACUUCGACCAGCUCUCCUGGUGAAAAAAAAAUCGCCGUAAAUGUUGGCAGCCACUCGCUAGUCACCGAUGCAACUUUGAAAGCUCACACGAAAGCUAUGGGUAGCAGUAGAUCUAGAACGGCUUCGCUAUCGGACGCUUCAGAGGGGCAACUUGACAAGCCAGAAAAGAAACUAUGUCCAAGGGUGUUAGAAAGUUCUCCAGAUGCUCCGUCGUACAUUACUGGAGAUAUGUCAAGUAAGUCACCAUAUUUCCCAGUCAAAUCUGUACAGUCUGAUGGUCAACUCUCGCAGGACUUGCAACAUUCAUCAAAGGAGGGUCUUAGGGCGAAAGAACGUAAAACUGAAUCUGUGAGACGAGAUAGUACAGAAAUUCUCAAGAAUGAUGUUCAAAACCAGGAAAACAAGCUCAAUAAUGAAUCUGAUAAAGCUGUUUACAAGCCAUGUAGCCCUACUUCUUCUCUGUUCGAUCCUCUGCAAGUUGACAUCAAAGAAAAAAGGCGUAAUACCGCUAUGGGUGAUGACGAACCUUUGAUCGGCUCACCUCACGUCGACACUGAUGACGACGUGAGGUUGAUCAGGACUAAGUCCCGUCCUGGUUAUGCGAAGGAGACUGAAAUUUUCAAUAUCCCCCCACAUUCAAAAAUCGCUUCUUCUACCAGCGAUAAUGGAAGCAUAGAUUGUGAAGAGGUUCACGAUUGUGAUGUAACUUCUGUGAGGCCAAACACUUCAAUGUCAGGAGGGUUGUCGAUAUCUAGCCCUAAAGGCCCAGUUCACAAGUUCAGGAACGGUAUUAAUCGCUGA